AGGUUCAAAAUGGCCCUUGUGCUAAGAUUUCUUCAUCAAUACUAUCAGGAUUACUACAAUAAUGCACAAGAUCCAAGAACCAAGGAUUUGCUUCUAUUGAAUCCAUCGUGGAUGCCGAUUGCAAUUCUUGCUGGUUACCUUUAUUUUGUUCAAAGAUUAGGACCUAAGCUAAUGUCCAAUCGAAAGCCGUUCGAUCUUCGACGCGUAAUGUUGGUUUAUAAUGCGCUACAAGUGGUGGCCAAUAUUUUCAUUGCUUUUUCUGGUACUAAGCUGAUGAUCGAGAAAAGGGUAUCCCUACUUUGCGAACCGAUCGAUCGGUCAACCAACGAAAUUGCACUAAGAGAAGUUCGGCUAGUGCAUCAUUACUACGUACUGAAAGUUCUAGAUUUGUUUGAUACCAUUGUCUUUGUUCUGCGAAAAAAGCAAAGCCAGGUGUCAUUUUUGCACGUGUAUCAUCACACCGUGAUGGUACUGAUUCCGUUCUUCUAUGCUCGGCUUUAUCCGGGCGGCCACGGCUCUAUGCUGGGAUUGAUUAAUACAUAUGUUCACGCCGCAAUGUACUUUUACUUCUUCGUGUCGGUUUAUCAACCAGAAUUAGUCAAGGACGUUCGCUGGAAGAAAUGCAUCACGAUCCUUCAGAUGACACAGUUCGUGGCGUUGGUAUUUAUAUACGGAAUACCGGCCGUUCUCAACUACGAUUGUGGAAUACCAAGAUUUUGGUUUUGGGGCGCCAUGAUGCAGUGCCUCUUCAUGCUGGCGAUGUUUGCCAGCUUUUACCGUAAGGCUUAUGGGCGAAAAAAGAUUGACUAG